AUGGCGUCGCGUGCGUUCCGUCAAGCGCACAUCCACGCCAAGCCCAUCGACCGACACGAAGCCGACAAGGGAAACAGAAACAGCAACAACGUCUCUACUGUAGCCGCAGCUGAUGCCGCCGUCAAGCAGAACGAGCGCGAGCGGCUGGAGAUUGAGCGUCUCGAAGCUCGCAUCGCUGAACAGACUCCAGCUCGUGGGUCGCAGCUCGGUGACGCCACGAGUUUUGACUUGUUCCCACUAUCGGAGAAUUCUCGGCGGGGUCUGAGGCUCUGCGGCUUUGUGACGCCCACCAAGAUCCAAGUGGGUGCGCUGCCGCAUGCGCUCGCAGGACGUGACGUGCUUGCUGCAGCCAAGACGGGCUCAGGCAAGACGCUGGCGUUCCUGCUGCCUGUGCUGGAGAAGCUGUUCCGCCUUCGCUGGAGUGUAGAAGAUGGACUUGGUGCACUCGUGAUCUCACCUACCAGAGAACUGGCACUGCAGAUCUUUGAAGUUUUACGCAACGUUGGCAAGGCCCACACGUUCUCGGCUGGUCUUGUGAUUGGUGGCAAGAACUUUCGGGAGGAGCAGCUUCGUCUCGUGCGGAUGAACCUGCUCGUGUGUACACCUGGUCGACUGCUGCAGCACAUGGAACAGACACCAGCGUUUGAUGCAAGCAACUUGCAAGUGCUGGUACUGGACGAAGCAGACAGGAUUCUGGAUCUCGGUUUUCAGAAACAAUUGACUGCCAUCUUGGAGCACUUGCCACCUGCUGGAGAGCGACAGACCAUGCUCUUUUCGGCCACACAGACCAAGUCGGUGAAGGAUCUGGCAGCCCUGAGUCUGCGUGAACCCGAGUACGUGGCCGUGCACGAGCACUCGACGAAUGCGACACCUAAAGGUCUCACCCAGAGCUACGUGGUGACGCCACUGGAACGCAAAUUGGAUGUGUUGCUGUCGUUCAUCAAGUCGCACUUGAAGCAGAAAACGAUUGUUUUCUUGUCCACGUGUCGUCAAGUACGCUAUGUGCAUAGCGUCUUUUGCAAGCUACAGCCUGGUAUUCCACUUUGUGCGCUGCACGGGAAGUACAAGCAGGGCAAGCGUGUGGAAGUGUACUAUGAGUUUUUGAACAAGCCGGCUGCUGUAUUGUUUGCGACGGAUAUCGCGGCGCGAGGGCUGGAUUUCCCGCAGGUUGACUGGGUGCUGCAGCUCGACUGCCCUGAAGACACGGCUAACUACAUUCACCGAGUCGGUCGUACAGCGCGUUACAAUAAGCAAGGAAAAGCGCUCAUGUGUCUUGUGCCGUCCGAGGUGGACGGCAUGUUGAAGCGUCUCGAGGCUGCCAAGGUGCCCAUCAGUGAGACGAAGCUCAAUCCAGCCAAGACCACAAGCUGUCGGCAAAAGGUAGCGUCGGUCGUUGCCGGUGACAAGGAUAUCAAAGCGCUGGCACAGAAAGCUUUCAUGUCGUAUGUGCGCUCAGUGUACUUGCAGCCGGACCGCGAGGUGUUUGACGCUACUGCUCUACCGCUGGACGCGUUUGCCGAGUCGCUAGGACUUCCUGGUGCACCACGGAUGCCCUUCUUGUCCAAAAUGAAGGCGGAGCAUGAAAAGGGUGGGAACGAGGCGCUGCGGGAUGAGCUGCGUGGGAAGAAGAAUGUCAAUCGUAAGCUGCAGCAGCUCAAGGAGAAGAUAAAGGCGGAAAAAGCACGCAAGCGUUUGGCACGGCAGCUUGCAACAAUGGACCCGAAGGAACAAGAGGAGGCGAUCAACAAGGUGGAGACGAAUCAGGAAGACAAUGAGCUGGAUGAAGUCGAGGCGGAGAAAGACUCGCUCAUGGUUGUCAAGCGCGUGCACAACUGGGCAGACGAUGACGAGCCACCGGACCUGGAAGCACUUGAUCGUCGCAAGCAGAAGAAGCAAAAGAGACUGCGCGUUGACUCUGAGGUCGUUAACACGUCCAAGAUUGUGUUUGAUGAAGACGGCAACAGCGGCACGAUCGCCGACCGUCUUGCCGCUCGUAACAGCACCAGCAGUGACUUCACUAACGUCGAGCAACAUGCCAAGGAGUACACGGAGCAAGUUGCUGCUCGUCUAGCCGCUCAAGACGCGAAGGAUCGACGUCUUGAGAAGGAACGCGUGCGUGCCAAGCACCACAAGAAGCGCAUGCAAGUCAAGGGCGAGCGAGACGACGAUAGCGACGACAAUGGUCCACGUCUUGCAGUGGACUCGGACGAUGACAAUGAUGACGACAUGAGUGGCAAUCGUAGCGAGAGCGACCACAACGACGAGACCAGCAGCGACGACGACGACAAUAACGACGAUAACGACAAGAAGCCGACGAUCGAUCGUCAAGCUGUCGCCAGCCAGGAAGCGAUGGCACUCCGAAUGCUGCAGCACCGAUAG